GGCUAUUGAUACGUAGACUAAUAGUUACAUAAUAUAAUGUUAUGGGAAAUGUGAAAGAUAACUACCUUUAUGAUAAAAAUCGGAACGAUUUACGAAGAUGUUACAACAGAUGUGUUGGGUGACAUUGGAAAUUGGCAAUGGCUCGUCACAUUAGUCACCACUGUCCUGAUGACAAGCAACUUUUUCACACACUUCGAAGACAUCUUCCUCCUUCGCUCAUCUGACGUCUUCUGCUUACCCUCCCGCUUGUUCACCAAUGUUGGCAAUAUAACGUUGUGCACGUAUACACUGGACAACGGCACAAAUUUUAUCUGCGACGAAUGGAACGUCAAACUUCUAUGGACAAUCUGGUAUAACAAAUCUUGGCUUAUCUUCUGUGACAACAAGAUGAAGCUGUCAUUAACGGCAGUGGUGUAUCGUCUGGCAAUGGUAUUUGGAUUUGUUACUUUUGGUUUGGUGGCCGACAGGUAA